AUGGCUUCACUAUCUUCUAUUGAAAUUGUUCCCCUGUUACCUGAACAUCGCCAACCAGUCAUUAAUCUUCUAAUGAGUUCAUUUUUUUUACAAGAACCACUCAAUGAGAUGCUUCAAUUUGAUAUUCCUCGUGAACCAUUAUCAUGGGUUGAUUUUACUAUUGAUGGUGCAAUUCAUGAUCAAUGUUCAUUUAUUGCCAUCGAUAUAACAUCUCCAUGCAAAGAUAUUGUCGGUGUAAUAUUAAAUGGUAUUUCAGAUCGUAAUCACAAAGCACUAAACAUGGAGUUUCCAUCAGCAAAAUUACAAUUCAUUUUUUCAUUAAUAGAUCAAGUAUCCGAAGGUUAUGAUCUAUUCAAAUUAUACAAUACGAAUCUUCUAUUUCAUUGUGACAUUAUUAAUGUUGAUGAAAAAGCACGUGGUCUGAAUUUAAGUUCUCGUUUAAUAACUAAAUCUCUUGAAAAAGCUCAAGAGUUGGGUGCCAAAGGUGCUUCUGUUGUUUGUUCAAGUCUAUUUUCAAGAAAAGCAUUUAUACGGCAUGGUUUUCAAGUGAUCAAUGAACUUCUAUAUUCUGAACAUGAAGAUUCACGUUUAAAAAAUAUGGGUAUGCAUGAUCGAUGUACUUUAUUAGCAAGAUCGUUGUGA